GCUGGUCACUCUGUUGCACUUUGAUUAUAUUUUGUCCGUGCAAUAACCUUCCAAAAGUUGAAUUAAACAUGACGCCUGCCCUUAAAACCAUCAAUGCCACUGGCAAACAUACUGCUUCUGUGAUAUUCUUCCAUGGAUCCGGGGACACCGGCCCGAAUGUGCUGGAAUGGGUGCGCUUUUUGCUCGGCCGGGAUCUGGAGUACCCGCACAUAAAGAUAAUCUAUCCCACGGCACCGCUUCAAAAGUACACACCGCUGGAUGGUCAGCUGUCCAACGUGUGGUUUGACCGGAAAUCUGUCAACAUUGCCGCCCAAGAAAGCAAGAAGAGCAUGUCCCGAUGCUACGAUUCGGUGAAUAAACUAAUCGACGAAGAGGUGGCCAACGGAAUUCCAUUAAAUAGAAUUAUUGUUGGCGGAUUUUCCAUGGGUGGAGCUCUGGCCUUGCACACCGGCUAUCAUUUGCGUCCCGAACUGGCUGGGGUCUUCGCCCACUCUUCGUUCCUUAAUCGUGGCUCUGUCGUUUACGAAUCCCUUCAGAAUCGCUCACAAGCUCUGCCAGAACUCAGGAUGUUCCACGGGGAACGGGAUACCCUGGUACCACAGGAGUGGGGCAAGGAAACAUUUGAUACUCUUAAAAAACUUGGGGUCAAUGGCACAUUCCAUCCGCUAAGGAACACACUGCAUGAACUGAAAACCGCGUCACUGACGGAUCUGCAGCAAUGGAUCCUGGAAAAGCUUCCACCGCUGGACAAACAUGUUCAAAAUAAACUUUAACUGUGUUUGGCAUAAAACCCGUACAAUUGGCAGCAGCGCAGAGACAAGCCUUUCCUUCGUUUAUGUUUUUGGACUGCCCCUCUCCGCCGUAGUGGAA